CUGCAGGCAGACAGACUGACCAAACACAAACCCACGGCUGAUGGUGGUGCUGCUGGCUGUGGUGGAAUGGUUUCGAUAUCCAGCCAGCAAGAGAGCAAACAACCAAGCAAAAGCGCCGGGUUCUCACUUCUGCUAAAACACAGCAGCAGCAGCACCAGGGCACAUAGCUAGCUAGCAGAGUCUGGAGACCCAGAGCCGGAGCAGAGGGUCUGUUCCCCGGUGACAGACAGAGCGGAGCUGGGCGAGCAGGACAAUGGCAUCUGAGCUGAUAUGGAGCAGCUGGAGGAUCAGAUGAAGAAGCUUGCUGGCUAUCAGAGCCUGAAGAGUUGCUAUACCAGCGAUUGUAUCACUUGAUAAAGACUUGUAGUCUGUCCUGUUUUGUUUUAUGCCCUUUCUGCGAGUCCUGGAUCCAAUCCCGUUCCCGUUAAGCUGAAUAUCUGCAGAGCUGCUCCUGACCAGCGUUAAUCAAACCUAUCAUUUUGCACGGGCCUCGCUGCCGCCUCUUGGACCGCCGUGAAGCCGAUGGAGGAGCGGUUUCGAGCGGACGGCGUGUGUACGCGAGAGCGGGGAUUCGGUGUGGCCUGGAACACUGGAGGAGAUUUCUGUUGCUAGGCUAGGCUAGGCUAAGCUAAUGCUGCACUGAAAACAACAACAGCAGCAGCAAUUCGACUGAGCAGUGCAGUGGAGUGGAGUGGUGUGCAUUUUAUUGGUCAGCUAGCUAACACAUUUAACUAAAGGUAAUUUUUAUUUAUUAUUUUUAGAAAUAAGUAGCUAAAUAUCUACGCAGUGAUAUUUAGCUGCUUUAGCUUAGCUAGGUUAGCCAGCCAGCUUAGCUAACUAGCUAUAUUAUUAGCCACAUAGCUAGCUAGCUUGUUUUGUAGCCCACAGUAAUCUAUAUCUAACAGUUGGAUUUUUACUAAAGGAGGUGUGUUUGGUGGAUGCACUUUAAUUAAAUAUCGUAUCACUGUGUAAUAAUUAUAAAUAAAUAUACAUUUUUGUAGCUAUAUUUGCUUGUAGCUAGCUAGUGUGGAAGUCUGUGCAGCUGCAGUGACCCCAGCUAGCCAGCUAACUAAGCUAGGUUAUGUAGGUUAUCUCGAAGUGACAUUUAUCCAGAAUUUCUGUAGCUACUUUUCUUUUCACACAGCAAACAUUUUAACACAAUUGUGCUUUUAUAAGUCAGGACCAGACAACUGUGGUUUUUCUGUUUUGUGGCAAAUUUGUUCCAAGUGUGUUGACAUCUCCAUAAUAAGUGCAAAUUAAUGAACAAGAUUCAUGACACUGACCUAGUGGACAUCUAGUCAAAGCCACUGAAUUCAAAAACAAGAGAUUGCCCAGCUCUCCUCCAGGCAUGGACCUUACGGCUCCUCUAUGCAAUGAGAAGAUGAAUGGUAGCUAGUAGAUAGAACCAUUGAACCAGUGUCCCAAAUGAAACUUUGACUGCUGCUCCAGAGAGACAGAGAGAGAGAGUUGUGCUGGAGUUGUGAAUGAACCCAGGAAAAAAAGAAGAGCUGAGACAGACCCUUCACACAAGGAGAUGAUGACUGAACAUUAACCAUAUUUCGCUACACAGACGAGUGGACAAGCUUCGGAAGGUGUGCAGCCAUGAGUGUUCGACCUCCGACAUCUACUUUGGACAGGGCAGUGGUUAAGAAACAGUCUCACCUGUCCAGUCCAUUUGCUGCUUGGUUGAGCAGUUUGACGAUUGGAGACUCGGAGCGCAAGUCUUCUCUAGGCCAGCAGAGGGAGUCUGUUCCAGAGCUGCCUGCUGAGAGUGCAGGUCUGGUGCAGAGAUGUGUGGUCGUGCAGAGAGACAAUCUGGGCUUCGGCUUCACUGUGUGUGGAGAGAGGAUAAAACUUGUACAGAAUGUUCGUCCAGGUGGAGCAGCAGUGAAGGCGGGUGUGCAGGAGGGAGAUCGAAUCAUUAAGGUCAAUGGCUCGUUAGUGUCCUCCAUGUCUCAUCAGGAAGUGGUGAAGAUGAUCAAAUCUGGGACGUACGUGGCAUUGACAUUGCAAGGCCCGCCUCCUUCUGUAGCCUCUGUCCCCCUUCAGCCCCUCCCCUCAGACCUCCUGCCUAAUCACCGGACGUCACUAGGAGGUGAAGCUCCGCCUCCCCCACCUCCACCCUUGCCAGCCACAGGAAUCGGGACCCCUUCACAGCGAAUCACCUGCCCCAAACCCCUACAGGACCCAGAGGUCCAAAAGCAUGCCACACAGAUCCUCAAGAAGAUGCUCGAACAAGAAGAGGCAGAACUGCAGGCUCUGCUUGACGAACAGUCCAAAACCCCUUCCUCAUCUCUAGAGGAGAGAAUAGAAAGUGCCAAAAGGAGAGCAAACCAAGUCCGAGUGAAGAUUCAGCAAGAUCUGGUGCGAGGCGCUUCUCUGGAGGAUGGAACACGUUCUGAGACUCUGACCAACUACGCUACUAAUGUGGAAGGUCAAUUGUCUAUAGAUUCAGCUGAAGGGGACUUUGAGGCAUGCGAGAGCCCUUUCUCCUCCCCUGGCUCCUCCUUCAGGAUCCCCCAGCACCGCAGACAAGGCUCCGACACGCACACUGUUGACUCGGGAGGAAAGGCACAUAUAAUUGGUCCAGAAGAAGAAGAGGAAGAAGACGGCUAUACAAUCAAUGAAAUGGACGGUCCGUUUCAGGACAUCGAGCUGCUGAAAAGUCGUCCAGCACACAUGACAGUUUUUAUGAGAUAUAUAUUCAGUCAGCUGCUGGACCCUAACCCACUGCUGUUCUACCUGUCUGUGGAGGCAUACCUGGGCUCCAGCACUAAAGAUGCUCGUUCUCUUGCUCCACAAAUAUGCUCCCACUUCCUCGAUCCUGAUGCUCCUCUGAAGAUUAAAGUCAGAGAUGAGUAUCUUUCAGAUAUAGAGAGUCGUCUCCAUGCUCAGGAAGACAUCAGAGGUCCACUCUCAGAACUUCAACAGCAAGUGCUUCCAGAUAUACAGGACCAAAUACAGGACUACAGGAACAAGCAGAUGAUGGGACUGGGCUCACUGUUUGGGGAGAGUGAUCUUCAGCAGUUAGACGGCGAUCCAACGAAAGAGAGACAGGUGGUGGACAGACAGGUCACUGCACUUUGGGAACUGCUCUCAAAACACGAGGAAGAGAGAAGAUUCCCGUUGGCAUCGGCUGUCCAGUUGUACCUGCGGCAUUUGGGCAUCAAGUUGCGAGACUCAAAGGUUUUCCCAGGUUUGACCACAGAGAAAGAGAAGUGGCUUGUUUUCUUCCCCAAGGCCAAGAAGCAGCUGAGUGGCAUGAAAAAGGAGAAGGAUGGAGAGGAUAAGAAGAGGAAUCCAAUCCUGAAGUACAUCGGCAAACCCAGGAGCACAUCCCAGUCCACGUUCCAUAUCCAGUUAUCCCCUUCAUCCCCUUCAUCCCCUUCAGAAGUUCGUUCAGGCAAUGUCAGGAACAUAAUUCAGCAGUUUGAGAAUCAUACAGACACAGUUGGAGAGGACGAAGAGAACGAGGGACAGAGACUCUCCACUGGCAGCCUCGGGGAUGACAGCAUGGACAGUCCUACAGUGUCUGUGCGUCUGGCCCGGAGCGAGUCUCUGAAGGCUCAGGGGGAGGGGCGUCGCCGUGGGGCAGGAACGAGCUCAGAGACAGUCCCCAGGUCUCGUAGCGAUGUGGACAUGGAUGACUGUGAUGAGAGGGAGGGGCCAGGACUAAGGCCAUUACAUCACAGUGCCUCAUCAUCAGCCUCCAGCAGCUCCGCCAGGUCACUGGAGAAUCCUACGCCACCUUACACCCCUCGCUCGAGACGCAGGAGUGUUGACACACCACUAGCUCUGUUGCCAGAUGCUCCUGCUUUAGAGGAGGAUGUGGUUGAUUUCCAAAACUGGCAGGACACAGUAGACCCACACACACUUACAUCACUCAGUUCUCGAGAGAUUGACCGACAGGCUGUCAUCUACGAGUUAUUCACAACAGAAGCGUCUCAUCUACGGACACUCAGAGUUUUAGAUCAGGUGUUCUUCCAGAAGAUGAGGAAUGUUCUAACGGCAGAGGAGCUCUCUUGCAUCUUUCCUAACCUCUCCCAGGUCUACGAACUCCAUGCGAAUCUGUUGGAGUCUAUGAAGAAGCAGAGGGAAUCUCCUAUAGUCCAGAGUAUUGGUGAUGUCAUGCUAGCAAGGUUUGAGGAUGCAGCAGGAGAGGAGUUCCAGGAGCAGGUGUCUCACCUGUGCAGCCAACAGAGUCAGGCACUGGAGCUCAUUAAGAGCAAACAGCGUAAAGACCCCCGCUUCGCUCAUCUCAUUCAGGAGUGUGAAGCGAGUCCCCUCUGCCGGCGGCUCCAGCUGAAGGACCUGCUCGUUUCUGAAAUGCAGAGACUCACCAAAUACCCUCUACUGCUGGACAACAUCAUUAAAUACACUGAAGCCGUCUCCCCAGACCUGCAGCAGCUGCAGAGGGCACAGGCCUGUUGCCGUGGGAUACUGCAGACUGUCAAUGAGGUGGUGAGGGAGACGGAGCACCGGCAGCGGCUCAGCCAAUACCAGCGCAGACUAGACUCGUCGCCUCUGGAGAGACAGGCCAAUCCCGUCGCAGCGCAGUUUAAGAAUCUGGACCUGACCACUAAACGAAUGAUCCAUGAAGGCCCCCUUACGUGGAAAGUCAGUAAAGACAAAGCUAUUGAGAUCCAGGCUCUGCUGCUCUCAGACCUGUUGGUGCUCCUCCAGAGGGGUCCUGAUGACCGGUUGAUCCUGCGCUGCCCGUCUCGCUCACUGGGAGGCGGAAACACAGACUUUAAAUCCCUUUUCUGCCCUGUGGUGCGCCUAGACUCCGCCCUCGUCAGAUCUGUGGCUACAGACAACAAGGCCCUGUAUGUGAUCAGUACCUCUGAGAGUCAGAUAUAUGAACUGGUGGCUGGAACUUUCUCUGAGAAAAACAACUGGAAAGACCUUUUAGAAAAGACAAUCGUGUUGGCAUCUGCAGGCACUGGGGCCACCAAACAGGGAUCACCAGCUCCGUCUGCUGUUCUAAGGUUCCAUGGCAACCAUGUCAAUCAACUAGAUGGCUCACUUACAAAAGAGUCUGGUUCUUUGGAGAGAGAUUCACAGAGUGAUGAUGAUGAUGAAAGUGUCCUCACACCCACUACUCCAACUGACAAAUCAGGAGCCUUCCUGCACGGUGAGGGGCAUGAUUACCUCCAGGACCGAGCUGAAAUCGCUGAGUCUGCUCUUCGAGAUGUCGACACACUCAGACAGCUGAUCUUCAGAGAUCUUGAAGAUGGGUGGAGCCAUGAUUCUGAUGACACACCCACAAACGAGACAGCCAAUGAAAGGAGUCCGUUCACGGAUCCACCCGGACCAGAGCCCAUGCCUGAGCCCACCUUCACUAAAAACACCAGCCAGCUUGGGGAAGAUGAAAUAGAUGCUGCUAAACUGGAGGUGGUUCAACCUACUGUUCAGGUUGUGAGGAAAGCUGUGGGUGCGGGCUCUUCUUCUAUUCCUGAUGACAUCACUGAUGUCAACUCCAACCAACCUUCUGAGUCAAAAGGGAACAUGUUUUACCUUGUGAUGCCCAAAGAUCAGACGGGUGCUCUUACGGAAGAGAGCAGCACGGACGAGGUUAAAGAUCUGAGCCCUUCAGAGGCUGCCAGUCAACCACAGGAAGUGACCUUGACAUCCUCAGAGGAAGAACAAGAGGAUGAAGAUGAGAAGACCCCCUGCCGAUCACCAAAUGAUGAAUCCCAUACAGAGACACUAAGUCACGAGACUGGUCUUAGCCAAUCACGACCCUGCAGGCAGCGACAUGUGAUAAAGAACGUGGAUGAGAUUUUUCAAACCAUCGAGGAGAUGAUGAAAAAGCUGCACCAGCUUAGGGAGAUUGAAGCAGACUACUAUAGACUGCUGAGGACAGCCAGAAAAUCCCCCGUCAGUGAAGGUUUAGAUGAUCUCAUCCACAGGAACCCCUCUGUUAUCAGGACACCGUCUAUGGACCGAGGGGCAGGUGAUGGAAUAGAAGAAGGCUCAAAAGAACCAGCUCAGCCCGAGAUCCAUUCUACAGGAUUCUGACCUCACACUAUUGAAGGACUUUUAAACUACACACUCACACAGAGACAAACACACAAACACAAACACCCACACUAAGAGACCGGCAGUCCUGCCAUCUCUUACAUGCUAUGUAGCCCCUUCCUAAAAAAAAUCCCAGCAUGCCUUGCUCCUGGGAGGACAACCCAGGAAAAAAUAUUUGUGCGUUUGUGUCGUCUCCAACCGGGAACUGAGAGCCAGGACAGAUGAACCUUCAGCGCGUAAACAGGACCGAGAAGGGAAGAAAGAAGACGGAAGGUAUUGAGAAGAUGGACGCAGAACAUGGUGAGAAAAGGGAUUAACGAUUGAUGAAGGCAAAAGAAACAUUUUUUGAAGUGAAAGGAUAUGAAAUGUAAGGAUCUUUUUGUUUUAAAGAAGAGAGAAAUGUAAAAAGUUCAAGGUUUGAUGGAAGAAAGUGAAGUCUGUAGGUUGGAAUGAUCAGAAACGAUCAGAAAUGGAACGAAAGUGAGAGAUUAAGAAAGGUUUAGCUGAGGAAAUGACUCUGCCCACUGAAGGAACGCCCUCUCCCUUCCCCCACAGCACUUUACCCACUGUGUAUCAAUACUCCUCGCUUUCACCUCGUCUGUGAUCAACUGGGAACCCAGCAGGUGCCAUUUCAGUUCAGGACCCAUAAUGAGCCUCCAGGCUUCAGCACUGGUUGCCUGAUUAUGGAUGAAUAAGUGUGAAUGGAUGAGUUUUGAGGGGUAAAAUAAAAAAAAAUCAGGUUCUUUUGCACAGGGACCCCUACAGGAGACACGGGAUCCAGGUAAGGAUGUUGCAUUAAUGUUACCGUACAUUAAAGUUUAUGUUGUAGCCUUUAUUUCAUUAAGGAAAAGAGAAACACUAUACAAGGGAAAGGACGCAAAAACUAGCUAUGUUUGUUUUGAGUUUUCUUUCUUUACGCAUUUUGUGUUCUGUUCUGUUCUUUUCUGUGGAGGAAAAACAUGUUUGGCUCUGUGUCUUUUUCUUUAAAACACAGUGUUUAUGAGACAGGAGGUUACUGGGGUUGCUCUAGCAAUGCAUCAUGGCGACACUACUGCACUGCUCACUACUGUAUUGCUGUGCGGAUCAACCCUGUCCCUGUCUCAGUCCUGACCCAGCCCGAUUCUGUCAGAACAUUAGGAGGAGAAAAAGAGGAAACUAUUUAAAAAAUGUAACUUUUAUUUCAUGUCACAUUACCUGUACUCAGACACCUGUACCUGUGGUGUGUAAAUACUGUGAAGACUGUCCCUCACUAUUUUAUUUUAUUUUUUUAAUCGCAAUAGUGCAGUGACAUCACUGCAGGCGUUUACGACACAUGAAGGGAUUCCUACACUGAUCUGUCUGUGAAGAUGUUCCUAGAAGUGGCUUCUUGAUAAUGAACUGAGAUCAGUUUAUAUUGGGCUGAUUUCCCAGGCAGGGAUUAAGCCUAGUCCUGUACUGUACAGCAUUCUGAAUAGGGAUUCUCCACUGAAGGGAAAAAACAAAUAGUCCCGCACUAGGUUUAAUUCCUUUCUGCAAAAUCAAAGCAGAAUCCUUUAAAGAAAUAUAUAGCAGCAUAUAUUGACCCUACAUCUGACUGGUGCAUUAGUAGCAUAUGGUGGAUUACCACUGCCACAUCAUUGUACAUACUCAGGAACUGUCAAUCAUAAUUGGCGAAUAAUUAUUACUAUACACAAGCAAAUUGUUUAUUAAUUCAUAACAAGGUGCUUUUUUACACCUAAUAGUCAACAACAAAGUCCAAACUAAAGUUAAUGGCUUAGAUUAUUUGGCUUGAAGUACAGUGCUGCGUCCUGUUAUCACCUACAUUGGAUAUAUCUCCGUAUACUCCCUAAAAAAAAAAAAAAACAAUUAUUUGUAAAACAGCGAAUGUCAUAGAUCAACAUGUCAGUUUAUGGAGUUGAAGGUGUUGUGCUGCAUUUUGACUUCCUGUUAUCUGACUCCCUUCGAGUGCACUUGCAUCACUUAGCAGAAUGAAUGUAACAGAUUCACUUCUGAUUACUUUUAUUUAUGUUUAUAAAUAAGGGUUAUUCUACAGUUACAGUAGAUACAGGAAUCACCAGUGUAAUCUGUUGUAUCCACACUGCUGCAUGAAGUGAGAGGGGAGUCUGCUUUUGGCACAACAUCUGUUUUUUCUAAUUGGUCCAGAAGAAUAUCAAACUGUCUAAACUAUUUGAUAUUUGAUGCUGCAUUUAUUGAGCUCCUGAAGAGCAGAAUGCUUAGGUGAUAUUGGACUACUACAGUAAAAUAUGUGCAUUGUAUUUAUUUUACUGCCUAUUUUAACCCUUUCUCUGCAUUGAUAAUCCGAGUGGGUUUUAACUUCAGCAAAUGUUUUGUGUUAAAUGUUUAUAAUUAAUUUUUUUUUUUUUACAUAUAUCUGAAAAAAUGUGCUGCCUAAAUAAUUUCAUUUUAUUUAGAAAACGAACAGAAAACCUGUUGACUUGAAACACUUGCAACUGAGCAACUGCCCCUUUUAUAUGAAGUUAUUUUAUGUGACAAUUAAUCAUAAGCUGCUAAUAUACCAGACAGAUAUUGGGUUAAAUUAUGCUGAACUGUUCUUUAAAGGUUGAUGAUGAGGUUCAGACAGAACCUUAAAAAAAACAAGCCUUAAAAGAUCCGCUUCACCUGGGAGCAUCUGAUCAGAUCAGAUCAGUCAGUCUAACACUAUUAGGAUUAAGAGACUUUAUUUCACUAGUAUUUAUAAUAUACUUCUAAUAAACCCUAAUAAAAGGGAGAAGGAAAAUGGACCUCUACUGCACGAGUCUGUAUAGAGUCUGUAAUCCCAGUCCGUGUGGGACUGCUGAAGGUUACUGGUAUGACUGGAUUUGGGGUUGAGCGUUUGUAUGUAACUACUGUGUAACUCAGGUGGAGAAAUGUAGCCCCUAUUUCUCUUUAGCUUUAACCCUCACACCCUUUCCCAUCCUCCCUCCCUUUAUUUCUCUCACUCUUUAGUUCACUCUUAUCACUGUUGUCGUUUCUCCCCUGCCCUUCAUUUCUCCAUCUCCACGCUCGUUCAGACUUUUUGUAAAAUUUAAAGUGCACAAUGAAAGAAAGUAAAACUGAGAGAAACCAGAGCGUGUGCAAACUACUGUCUGCUUAAACAUCUUUAUCUCUUUUUUUGUAUUAUUAUUAUUAUUGUUAUUAUUAUUAUUAUUCUCAAUCUUGUUCAUUCAUGUAAUAUAGACAUGGCACCCUUGUUUUAUAUGUUCAUUUUAUGUAAAGCUCUAGUUUCUUCUUUGAUUUUAUUUUUGUAGAUAUGGGAUAAAAAAUAUGUGUAAAUUAUUUUCUCUCCCUCUUUUUAAAAUGCCGAGAUUGUUAGUUGCACAGAAGGAAAAUGUAAACUCAUGUUAAAGACUCAUUUGUUUUGUGACAUUAAAAAAAACUGUUUAAAAAAUUGAA